GACAAACACAUUGCAUUUACAAAGUCCAAUGCCCACACAGCCAUGUCUGUAUUAACGGAACUCAUUUCUUCCUAAUAAUGUAUUUUGCUAGAGAACCACAUUAAUGGGAUGUAGCUAUAGCCAAGGGACUGCACAAAUUUCUUUCCAGUGUUUUGUUCUCUGGGCAGGAAUUUCCUAAUUUCCCUUACAAGCUGGAGCUUGAACUCUUGACUCUUUUUGUCACAUUAGCCGCCCAAAAGAGAAUAAGAACAUUUCAUUCCAUAACAUAUGAUCAUGGCUGGAAGGAUGUACCUGAUACUUCUUAUUUCUCUACCUGUCGUGCUCCUUCAGCAGGCAGAAAAUGUGUUUGUGACUCAUGAAAAGGCAAACAGCAUUUUACAGAGAUGGAGGCGCGCAAAUUCACCUUUUGAAGAAUUCAAAAAAGGGAACCUUGAAAGAGAGUGUAUGGAGGAAACCUGCAGCUACGAGGAGGCUCGGGAAGUAUUUGAGGAUGACGAAAAAACUAGAGAAUUCUGGAGCAAGCAUUUUGAUGGUGACCAGUGUGAACCUAAUCCCUGUCAGAAUGCUGGCUCAUGUAAGGAUGGGAUUGGUGAAUACACAUGUCUCUGUAGUGCUGGUUAUGAAGGCAAAAAAUGUGAAUCACCUAUACGAAAAAUGUGCAGCUUGAACAAUGGAGGCUGUGACCAGUACUGCAAGGCGGCAGAGAGGGAAGUAAUCUGUUCUUGUGCCCCUGACUAUCAACUGGGAGAUGAUUUGAAAUCCUGCAUUCCAAUUGGGAAAUAUCCGUGUGGGAAGAGAGUUGGCUUCAAAUCCAAGAGGUCAAUACCAGAUGAAGUGGAGAAUCACAGAAAUGGUUCACAGACAAGAAAUAUUACUAUAAAUCCUGCUGAUGCUGCUCCACAAAAUAACACUGACCAAGCAGAAAAUGUGAAUCCUGAACCUUUUGAUAAAAUAAGUGAUUUUGACUAUAACCCUGAUGCAAGAGUUGUGGGCGGACAGGACUGCAAAUAUGGUGAAUGUCCAUGGCAGGCUGUCUUGCUGAGUGAGGAAAAUGUGCCUUUCUGUGGAGGAACAAUCCUGUCUAAACAAUUUAUCCUCACUGCAGCACACUGCAUGAAUCAGACAAAAUACUUCAAAGUUGUUGUAGGAGACUUGAAUACACUUAAGAAUGAAGGUACUGAAUCAACACAUAAGGUGGAAAGGAUCAUUGUACAUCCGAAGUUUGUUAAGCUAACCUAUGAUUUUGAUAUUGCCGUAAUAAAGCUGAAAGAAGCGAUAAACUUCACUGAUAAUAUAAUUCCGGCAUGUCUUCCUGACCCUGAUUUUGCUGAACAAGUCCUGAUGAAAGGCGAUGAGCCAGCCCUGAUAAGCGGCUUUGGGCGUAUUCAUGAACGAGGAGUACAAGCCACAAAGCUGCAGAAGCUCAAAGUCCCCUACAUUACCAGGCAGACCUGCAAAGAGUCCAGCAAAGCCACAAUCACUGAUAACAUGUUCUGUGCUGGGUAUGACUUGGAAAUGAAAGAUGCUUGUCAGGGAGACAGUGGAGGACCACACAUCACCGAAUAUAAAGACGUCUUUUUCGUGACUGGAAUCGUUAGCUGGGGAGAAGGCUGUGCGCAAAAAGGCAAAUAUGGUGUUUACACAAAAGUGUCCAACUUGCAUAAAUGGCUGAAAGGGGUAUUGAAAAGAAACCAAUAGAUCCAGAAGUCGCGUACUUUGCGGAGGCAGAGAUUUAUUUCCACGCUAUACCAAUAUACUCCACUAAACUAACAUUCUAAGGAAAAGUCAUUGCACAUGGAAGGUUCACUUGGAAGUACAAUCCAUAUAAGCGCUUAUAAUGGAUUCAAAGGAAAAUAUACAUGUGCACAGUGUAAGUGUUGCACAACUCCUUGUUGUGUAUUCAGCAUUCAACACAGUAUAACAUUAGUAAGUGAUAAUGUGUACGUAUUGUUCACACAUAUGAUUAUAAGCCCAACACAAGGAAUUCACUUCAUUUACUGGCUAUCUCACCAGCUCUUUAGAAAUACUUGUAAUCAUGUCUGACUAAGCUCUGUUUUCUCAUUCAUAAUGAUAUCUGUCUUACUUAGUUUAUGCAUAGGCCACAUUAUCAUGUUACUUCAGUAAUAGUGGCAGAUGUAAAGCACCAAUAAAAUGAACUUACUAAA